GUUCGCAGCCACCUUCUCCUCAGCCAUCCGCCGCCGCCGCAAAACCUCAUCCAGCCCUCUGUAGCAACACGAUGUCCAACCAGAAACCGGCCAUGGACCAUACAGCGAACGACAACGUAGCACCAGCCGACGGGCAGCAGGAGGCCAGUACUACGGCAGCGCGCAUGAGUCGCCUCGAGGCGCAACUGGUCAACUUGAAGGUCGACAUUGCAAUCGAACGCGCGCGCGUGACUGCCAACGAAGCUAGAUCGCGCAACACCCACAUCACGUACCAAGACGAUGCGUUGACGCCACUACCGAAAACCAAGCCCGGGACAUCGCCGCCCACGUUCGCUCCCAGCUCGUACGUGGCGCCACCGGCGAGCGCGGUAGGAUCGUUCCCGCCGAACUUUCCACCGCGCAUGGGCGACGUGUAUCGGCUCUCGGCGGCCGACCUGCUCGCGUUAUCUGCAUUUUACAACGACGACUUUGGCGUGCCAUCGACGACCACGGACGUGCUCGUGCACCGCGAGUGUUUUCUCAAGUACAUUCGCUACUAGGAACCGAGUCGUGACCUCCAAAAAAGAUUGUGACAACUUGC